CCGCCUAUGCGAAAGAGGAAGCAAAAACAAUCUGAGACUGUGCAAAGUUUUAAAGUCUUUGUAAGACGUGGAUAAAUGAUCCAAGACUAGACAAAAACCAAAAGCUCAUAUAUCAAACACUCGUUUUUUUUAAAUACAGAUAAAGUUGGUCGUAGUUAAAAAGGACGUACAAAUACACUCGCUGGAAAUAUCAACUGAACAGAAUUGAUGGCAGGGUCCGAAUCAAAAGCUGCCCAGGAUCUGACUGCAGUGAUGGAGACAACCAUGCAAACACUUCAAAGCAAGUUUCAGGAUUUAUCUGACCAGAUUAUUUCUAAAAUGGAUGAGAUGGGCACGCGUAUAGAUGACCUAGAGAAGAAUGUUGCUGAUCUCAUGACACAAGCAGGAAUGGAAGAUCACAACCAAACAAAAUAAGUAUACAGACUUCAAACUUGUCAAAGCACUGAUCAGAAAUGUGGCAAAAUAUCAAUUUUCAUAUAUAUGUUCAUAUUAAUUAAUAUAUGCAUGCAUUGUUUACUCCAUGCAAGUGCCUUAUUUUUUAUGUGAUGUGCUAUAUUUAUCUUGAAUUGUUACUAUUAAAAAAGUAUUGCAUUACAUAACUAGAUUUUGGGGGAUACUUUACAUUUAUCAAUUUAUAUUUUUUAUCAUUUAUUUAUUAAUUUUACUAUCAUGUAAAAUUUUGCAAUGCAUAAAGGCAACAAUAAACACAGUUUACAAAGCAAUGUUUACAAGAAGGAACUAGAGGAAAAGACGACAGCAUUAACGAGAGGAGAGUUUGUUUUUCAAAGUGUUAGCAACGUUAAACAGUAGGAAGUUAAGGAUUAACUUCAAACAUUUCCUAUUCAGUAAGGGGAAAUGCUUGGCGGCCUUUAAAAUACAAAAGGUAUACAUUUUGAAGCUUUUACUAAUUGGGUAGUAUCAAUAAUGCUAACUAAAUAUUUUUGAUAUUAUAUUAAACAGUUUGACCAGCAGGUGGCGGUGUUGUUUCUCUAUUCCCACUUGGGUCAUGUUUCUCACAUUGCUUUUCAUAUAGCAGUAAUUAAAUAAUUGGACAGAGUCUGAUUUCUUUCUUCAUACAUGAAAUCAUAAAGAAUUAAAUUCACUGUAUACCUGUUCACCUCAUCAUAUUGGAAAAAAACUGCCUUUUAUAAAUGUU